AAGAACGUCUCCGUGUAGCGGCUCACAUUUUCAUCGUAACAUCAUUCGAAUUUCGAACAUACGAACUGUCAUAUGUCUAGUGUCGAAAUAUAUAAACUUCGCAAAAGGAAAACCUAUCUGCAAAACCCAAAACGAAUUGUGAUGGCUCUAGCUAAUAAGGUACACCGGUGUUUGAUGCAUCGUGGCAUCUUUCAGCAGAUCCGAACAAUUCAAACAUCUCAAACACCGUCAGCAGCCGCAGUCCAGCCGAAUGAAAAGCCAAAGCGUAUGAAAACGUUCGAGAUCUAUCGAUGGAAUCCGGAAAAGCCCAACGAAAAGCCGUACAUGCAAAAGUACGAAAUAGAUCUGAACGAAUGCGCUCCGAUGGUAUUGGAUGCUCUGUUGAAAAUUAAGAACGAAAUCGAUCCGACGCUAACGUUUCGACGUUCUUGCCGGGAAGGCAUCUGCGGGUCAUGUUCGAUGAACAUUGGUGGCACGAACACACUGGCUUGUAUCAGUCGCAUCGAAGAGAAUUCGAAAUCGUGCAAAAUUUACCCGUUGCCACACAUGUAUGUGGUCCGCGAUUUGGUGCCGGAUAUGUCGAAUUUCUACAAGCAGUAUACAUCCAUCCAGCCGUGGUUACAACGCAAGAACAACGAAAAGCCGGGAAGUGCGCAGUAUUUGCAAGACGUUUCCGAUCGUCAGAAAUUGGAUGGUCUCUAUGAAUGUAUUUUGUGUGCGUGUUGUUCAACAUCCUGUCCAUCAUACUGGUGGAAUGCUGAUAAGUACUUAGGGCCAGCUGUUCUCAUGCAGGCAUAUCGUUGGAUUAUUGAUUCACGCGACGAGAAGACGGCCGAGCGUUUGGAUAAAUUGAGAGAUCCAUUCAGUGUGUAUCGUUGCCAUACUAUCAUGAAUUGCACGAAAACGUGUCCGAAGGGUUUGAAUCCUGGUAAGGCCAUUGCUGAGCUAAAACGUCUAUUAUCCGGACUGCACAACAAACCAGAACCGAAAUUGGAAACAGCAGCUUUGCAUAAAAAUUAAAUUUGUUUGUGAGUGGCUUGAGUUGUGUUGAAGUAAAUAAAAAUCUUGUCAACUUUAC